UCUACAGUGCAGGCUCACACACAUUCACGAUGUGACUUUGGGGCAGGACGAUUACUAGAAAGAAGACAUUUUUAAACCUUUCACUUCCGGCUGUCUUUUAAGUAAAUGAAGUAUCUUGGAGCUUCUCACUUCUGAACUAUAUUCAAUCUGUCAAAUAUUUUCUGCCUCGGCGGGCGGAGGUCGAGGAGGAGGAAGACGCUUCAGCUGAAGGAACUCAAACCACCAAAAAGAACCCAGUGUGCGUCACUCAGCUACCGACAGUAAUGGCGACCACCGUGAUGGAUAGAAUCGGGCGAGUGUUCAUCAGCCUGCAGCAGAUCAGGGAGGUUCCCCAGAUGCUGAACGAGGCCGCCCCCUCCAUGCCCGGCACCCUAAAAGACUCCGAGGUUCCCACCUACUUCAGAGAGCGCUACGUCAGCACCGGCUACCGACCCCUCAACCAAAACUGGCGCUACUACUUCCUGUCUUUAUUCCAGCGCCACAACGAGACCAUGAACGUCUGGACUCACCUGCUGGCGUUUUUAGUGCUUCUGAUUAAAUUCAGGCAACUCGCUGAGACUGUGGACUUUGUUAGUGAUCCUCAUUCGUGGCCCCUGUUGAUCCUGAUCGUGUCUUCCUUGAUCUACACAGGUUUCAGUACAGUAGCCCACCUGCUGGGCGGCAAGUCUGAGCUGUGUAAUUAUAGUUUCUUCUUCCUGGAUUAUGUUGGGGUCGCACAGUAUCAGUACGGCAGUGCUGUGGUUCACUUUUACUACGCUGUGGAAGAGGGCUUCCACAGACACGUUCAUGGGAUCUUCAUGCCUGUCGCGACCUUCCUCAGCUGUCUGUCAUGUCUGGGAUGCACCUAUGGGAAGUACUGCAACUACAGACGUCCCAUGUGGGUGCGUAAGGUGUGCCAGGUGGUGCCCUCAGCACUUAGCUAUAUGUGGGACACUAGCCCUGUGGCAUAUAGAUUAAUGUCAUGGUAUAAGAACAGCGAUGAUCCAGCGGUUUUCUAUCAUUUUGGCCAGGUGGCUUUCUUUCUUAGCUGCGGCUUCUUCUUCACCUGUCCUGUUUUAGAGCGAUGCUUCCCUGGGCGGUGCGAUUUUGUGGGACAGAGCCAUCAGAUAUUCCAUGUCUUUCUGUCUUGCUGCACCCUGUGUCAGAUCCAUGCCUCCUACCUUGACUACGUGGGCCGCAGGGAGCUGUACUCGCGUCUGCAUGGGAGCGAUGAGGCGGGUCUCUUUGUGGGACUGUAUGUGUUAGUGUUAAUUGGUUGCUCACUUAUUGUUUUCUUAAUGCUAAGGAAAGUCAAAAAACUGCUUGGUUGCAAGUCCAAAUAAUAGAUAAGAGAUUGUAGGAAAGGCAUUCAUGUGCCUUUAUCGUCUCAGACUUACUGCCCAUUUUCCGAAACCCUAAUAGUCAGAGAAAUGUCCCCUUUGCCUCAAUUGUUUUUUCCUAUAACGUCGAAGGCCUUUAAUUGCCUACUCUGCCUCUGACUGGAUAGUACUUGUUGCCUUUAUUUGUUGGGUUGUUUAGGUUUAGACAUUCGAUUAGUGUGGUUCUAUGCCUUUACCAUAGGGAUAACGGGCAGUUGCACAAAUGGACAUUCAGAUAAAUUGAUUUUGGGUCGGGACAUUUUCAGACAAUUGGAGUUUUGGAAUUAUAGAAAUUAGGGCCCUAGAAAUGUUGGGUGUUUGUUCUUGGGAUAACAAUCUAUCAGACCAACUGGCUUUGGGUCCAAUGGGAAAAUAAAUGUAAUCUGAAUAAUGGGCCAUCAGAGCAUUGGCGUUACACACUGACAGACAGGGAACUAACCAUACGCUUGUUUUAUGUAAAUACUUGUUUCAUUUUGCAUAUUUCAUAACUGUAAGGGCCAGAUUACAAAAAGGAGCAGCGAGUAUUUUGGGACUGAAUUGUAUUUGUAUAGAGUUUGUGAAAAUAUAAAAUGUUUAAAGCAUCAGCCAAGACUGGUACAUAUAACUUUUUACAGCUUAUAGACAUUCAAAAUAUCAAAUAUAUAACCGAGAAACGAAUGUGUGCUUGUUGCAAGUUCAGACAAUGUAAACUAGUAACAUCACCUAGAAAUCUACCAUUCAUACCGUAAACUACAAUGUUUCUCCAUGCCGGGCCUGGUCAUUUGCACAUGUUAUGUAAUAUUUGGUAUAAAGGUGGUGCUGAGCGAGUGUUAUUUUGUGAAUGAUGCCGUUCUCAACCGCCAAAUGCCAUCAGAUAAUUGCACAGUGUCCAGGCUCUUCUGAGAGCAAAGCCUUAGGAUUUAAGUUGCCAUUUUCAUGGUGUUGUACAUGUAGUUUGGACACAUGUGAGGACUUAUGAUGACAUUUCAUUGCUAGUGUAUUACCUACUAUGAUAGGCAAACGUUAGCAUGCCCCCAGUCAAAUCAAUAUUCAGCCUUGGACGGGGGCAGCAGUUAAAACCUAUUUAACCCGUGAAUCAAUAUCAGUUUGUGUUUGCCAAAUUUCAACAUGUUCAGUGCUUUACCUUUCACUCUCCUGUGUUCUUGUAGUUAAUAUGACUGUUUAACAUGGACUCUGACGGCUUUGAAAUGAGCAUAGAUAACUUGUUUCAUUUCCCCGUCAUAAAGGGAUGUCUGACAGCAAGGUAAAGCAGUAAAAGUAUUACAAAAGAUAGUGUCCACUUAAGCUAAUUAUUCUCUCAUACAACCCUAUUUUGAGAAAUCAAAACUAUCUAGUUAACAUGUUGUCCUUUUGCUAGCUCCUUUUUAGAUAUAGCAAUACACUGCCUUGAACUAUUUAAGAAAGAUAGAUAUUUUACGAGGGAUUUAAUAUAUUAGUCUUAUAUAUUUGAUGAAUGUUUUGUAUGAUCACUGUAUUGUAUCUUAUGGGGAAUCUUGAAUGCUUCCCUUUUAUUCCAUAAGGGGAGAAGUGAAUGUUGGUAAACGAGGGUACGUAUUACAGAUGAAGGUACCAUAUUAUUUUAAAUCUAUGAGAGGUUACCCGUAGUGACCAAGAUGUGAAGAAAGUGAGAUUGAGUUAACCCUUCGAUGCCUGAGUGACUGGACCCCACACUCUUCCAUAAGUGGGUCAAAAAUGACCCGUAUUAGAAUAAUGUGCUUUUAUGCCAUUUUUUUUCAUUUUGUUUAAGAAAAAUCACUUGUAUAAUAUUUAGUAUUAUAUUUUGGUUCACACUAGAAAUAUUUAUAUUUAAUUUUUCACUAUUUAUAAUUUUAGACAUUUUUUUUACAUUUUGAAAAAAACCGUUUUGAACAUAUCGAUGCAAAGAUCUCCGCUAUUCUGAGACCCUCACAGUAUCCCAGUCCCUUUUCAAAACUCAUCUCUUCUCCUCUUGUCUACUCAUAGCCCACCCCCCAUCAAUCCAUGCCGGUUGAUCAAGUUUGAUAGUCCUAUACCCCCCCCCCCCCUAACCUUCCCUUAGAUUGUAAAGCGAUUUUGAGUCCUUGAAAAGCCCUAUAAAAAUAUAAUGUAUUAUUAUUAUACUGACAGGUUUCAGAUCUUGCUGUGUAAAAUAAUCUUCCCGAGAGGUGUCACUUGUGAUGUCGUCUGUGUGUCCUACAGUGAAUGUAUUCCUGACAGCAACAGCUGAUAAGAAUAAAAGGUUCCCAUAGGAUCCCAUAGAAAUGCAUGCGGGUCAUUUUUGACCCACUAAUGGAAGCUUGGGGUAGAAAUACCAAAACUACAAUUUCUUAAAAUUUAAAUUUAAAAUUUGAAUGGCAUGAUAUCCAAAACAUGUUUUUUGAGGAAUAGCUGGAAUAUGAAAUGAUAAAAAAAUGUAAUUACAAAGAUACUUCAAGAAAACCACCUAAAUUAAAAAAAAUACCCACUUAUGCAUCUAAGGGUUAAACAAUUAUCUUUUGGAGACAGAGUGUGAAGGAAGAUAUCAUCUUUAUAAAAGCACCUUUUCUUCUCAACCUCUUUGAGUUUCAUAUGUGCAAAAAGGGCGUGUUGACCUUUGAACACUAGUGUAUACUUGUCAGUGACAAAGCGGUCAUAAAUAAUGGUUAAAGCUCCCGUAUCUGAUGCUCUGAUUAUUUUUGGAUUAACUUAGACUCUGAUUGUGAAUUGAGCUCUACCUUAUUGUGCCUUAAGUAUUUUGAUAUGAAACUGUUAUUUCUGUUAAUGCACUUUCAUUUUCUCAAAAUUAUCUCAAACCUGUAUGAGUUGUAUUUUCCUUGCUAUAGCCAAGUGAAGUUAAUGUUGUUAAUACUGUUGUGUAGGUAUAGAUAGUUUAUGUUUAACUCGUAUUAUUACCAUCAAAGUAACAGCAGCUCCUGCUUCUUAGAUAGGUGGACCCAGUGGCGAUCCUAGAGUCUGUGGGGCCCCUCGAAUCAGCUUUCAUCACCAUCAGUGGCGCCCCAACACCCCCCCCCCCCCCCAAAGCGGAGCAAGGCAACGAAACUUAUAAGAAGCAGCAUUUUACGGUGCGCUAUGCAUGGGGCCGCCUUGAGGGGGUUUCCCGACAUGUCGUUGCAGUAAAUUAAAGGGUGUUUCAUGUUGUCGUUGCUGUGGACCUUCUUAAUCUACCUUCUUUGGGGGCCCCCCUUCUGGUCCGGGGCCCCAAGCAGUUGCCUGCCUUGCCUGUUCGCAAGGGGUGCCCCCUGGGUGGACCUACAUCUACAGAAUGACCUGCAGAAUGAGACGAAAUGAUAUCGCUUGUAGGAGUGAAUUGUGAAAUGUAUUUCAUUCAAUAUUUAACAAAAGAUGCGUAAAUCAAUAUGCCUUUGAAAUUCAAAAAAAGAGGCGAUUUAUAUAGAUGAGUUAUUAAAUGAUUAAAUGAGUAUGCAUAGACUAAACCACAAACCAUGAAUUAGAAUUUAAAGAUUGUAAAAUAGAGAAAUGUGGUAUAGUGAAUCUAAAAAAAUGAAAUAAAAUCAUGCUUUGAAAUCUAUUUAUCUAUAAAACAAUAGUGACGCAUUUCUAUAUUUUUGAAUGUAUACAUUUGUAUGGCCUUGUGUGUAUUUAGGGAUAUAUUGGAUAUUGAACACAAUAUUGAAUCAAAGAUGGCAUUACAUAAUUCAUUGCAAAAAUAUGUAUGGUAAUAAUACAGCCCCUGUAAUUUCCCUGUUAAAAAGAGUUACUUUUUUGUGGGGAUAUAUGUGUUACUGCAGGUGCUGUAUUAUUUCUUUAUGGAAGAGUUGUGGAGAAAUAUGAUUGUUGUUUGGUCUCCACAGCCAUUUGCAAACUGUACAGAUACACUUUGAUACCUAACAUGUGUGUUGAUACUCUGUAAAUCUUGUCUUGCCACUUUCACUGUGCCUUAUUGUUCUGAUUCAACAUAAAAACAUGGAUUUGUAGUCCAAGAUGUUAGGAUUAUAUGCAAAGGAAGCAUUUCCUCAGUAAUGAAAUAAAACAUGUUUCAUAAAACUG